AUGUGGGCAGUCAUUCAGGUUCGCACCUACCCUUUUGGAAGGAGCGCCCAGUUGAGGAAGGUACGACUGGGCGCACCUUCCCCGAACCUGUACAACUGGAAGCUGACCAUUGGCAGAUGGCAGAGCGUUCCCGAAAGCGAGGAAUGGCGCUGCGUCCUGUAUGGCCGCCUUCUCUGUCUAAAGCAGGACUCGGAAUAUCUCUAUUAUCGCACCUGCUCUUCCCCCUCUCCUUCAACUCCUCCUUUAUCUGACCUUCCUUCGCAAGAACAAGUGGACACGGGAGGCAAAAAAAGCAUUGCAAAUUCCGGGAAGAGUCAGGAUGAUCAAAUCCUGUCUAUCAUCAAGCACUACUUGAAUCUUUCUUCCAACCUCAGUGAACUUUACGCCCGAUGGUCUGCUCAAGAUCCCAACUUCAAGAAAAAAGGUGCUCAAUUUUCUGGCAUUCGGAUCCUGCGCCAGGACCCAUGGGAGGCUCUCAUCUCGUUUAUUUGCAGCAGCAACAACAACAUCUCGCGCAUUUCGCAGAUGGUGGAGAAACUGUGUAUCCACUAUGGACUAUUUGUUGCAAAGAUCGAUGACCGUUCGUACCAUGACUUUCCCACGCCCGAAGCACUGGCCGGCAAGGAUGUGGAAAGCAACCUCCGCAGCCUGGGGUUUGGCUACCGAGCCAAGUACAUCUACCGAACGGCAGUCAUGGUAUCCCAAGAGCGGGAAAAAGGCUGGCUGAAUAGCAUCUGCAAUCCCGAGUCACCAGCCUUUGGCAUCGGAGCGAAACCCGGCGGCGCAAUGGCGCCCGAAGGCCGCCAGGGCUACCGCGAGGCUCAUGAAAAACUGCUUGAACUGCAAGGCGUUGGUCCCAAGGUCUCGGACUGCGUAUGUCUGAUGGGUCUGGGAUGGGGUGAAUCUGUUCCUGUGGAUACCCAUGUUUGGCAAAUCGCGCAACGAGACUAUCGCUUUGGCAAAAGCUCACAGAAAACCCUGAACAAGACAACCUAUGAUGCCGUGGCCAACCAUUUCCGCAAGCUAUGGGGUCAAGAAGCUGGGUGGGCCCAUAGCGUCCUCUUUACCGCCGACCUUCGCUCCUUUGCCGACCGACUCGCUUCUACCAAGAAGGUGGAUAUCGCCGUAAAAGAGGAAGGAGCCGAGGUGGAAAUAAAGACCGAGGUCAUGACCGCUGUUGCUCUAACGGCGCCGCAGGAAAUCGCGGACGUGAAAAUUGAAGUCUCGGAGAGGAAACUCGUCACAAAGUCGCCCAAAGGAAAGAAGCGGAAGCAGUCAGCGGACGGGAUCAUCCAUGCCUCGAAGUCGACAGAGACCAGGAGGAUGUCGAAGAGACUCCGAUCCGACGCCAAAUGA